GCCCGGCGGGUCAGGGCGGGGAAGUCGCCGCCCGAAGAUGGCGGCCGCGGCGGUGGGACACGCCGGGGCUGCGGCGGAGGCGCGGUUCAUCAGCAGCGCCAAGGGAAAGGGCUUGUUCGCCACCAAAAACAUCCGCAAAGGRGAAACAGUGUUCGUGGAGAGGCCGGUGGUGUCAUCCCAGUUCCUCUGGAAUGCCCUGUACAACUACCGAGGUGAGCGGCUGGCGCUGGUGGCGGGUCCCCACCCCUGUCACCUGUCCCGGUGAGGUGACCGCGGGACC